AUGCUCACAGAAGUGUUCGGCAAUGUGAGAGAUGUUGACUCAAUGACGGUGUGUUUUGGCAUGAUGAAAGAUCACUGUUCAAGCACUGGGAGAAUGGUGGCUUUUGAUGGUUCCAUACUCUGCCUGCUUGUUAAGCUAGAUGUGAUGGCUGUUCUCAAAAGUUUGAGGCGAACAGAAAUUGAGGAAAUAGAAAUCAAAAACCUGAUAACAAAGAUGUUGCCACCCAGCUCUGAUCUUUGCAUCCCUUUCUACAAUAUGGUACUCAGAAGGAAUUCCUUAAAGGUAAUGAAAAUUUUUGGACUGAAAAAUGUGGGCCGAAAUUUAGAUUCAGAAAGUGCAGUCGUUCUUGUCAAAUAUAUGUUGCAAGUGUGGCCAGGCUAUUUCACCUGCGUUUAGCGCGCAGAUGGAGGUCUGUACCUGUCUGUGGACGGGACUCGCAAAGUUUUGCAGACUGACUCUGUGUUGGAUGUCAUGAACAUUUUGUACCAGCAUAGUAAGGAAAACUUCCAAAAUGAAUGAACCAAAGAACUUGUUGGUAGCAUUGUUAUCACCGGCUACAACAACCACACCUACCGCAUAGAUGCCAUUGAACAGAACAAGUCUCCCAAGGACACUUUCACUUUGAUGGAUGGCACAAAAACCGCCUUUUUGUAAUACUACAGCAAGAGCUAUGGGAUCACAAUUAAAGAGAUGAACCAACCUUUACGCAUGCACAAGCUAAGGAGAGGUCUAAGACAGGAAGGAAGGUAA